UACGGUUUAUAUAAAUUUUGUAGUUUGGCGUUUGUGUAAGUAAUAAAAUUGCGUUGAUUUAUUUUAUUGGUUAUAUUUCAAGUGUUCGCAUUACUUUUCACUUCAUAUUGCUGUGCAAUAUUUAUGUAUCCUACGAUUACUAAGCAUUUGCAGUGCGUUAUAUUUCUUCAAAAAGAAUAAAAUUGAAAUAACAAGCAAAAUUUAAUUGAUUUACACAAAAGGAUUAUGUUCAUGUUACAAAUACAAAUAUUUUAUAACCUCAUCUCAACAAUAUCGACGCAAUAUUUUAAACUUCACCAACCACCUUUACAAGCAGUACCAUAUUACCAACCAAACUAUUUGCCAAAUAAUUACUUCCAUCAAGAAACGGAUUCCAGUGAAGACUCCGAUGGAAGACGAUGUAAAUGCUCAUGUUUUGACUGUUCACGACCUAAACGAUGUUGUAGAAAAGUAUGUAGAAACUGCAAGACAAAAGAGAUCCAAGGACUUGUCGUGAUACCCUAUCCUGUUCCCCUGCUAAUGUAUUCUACAGAAAAAACAGUUGAAAAUUCAACUAAAGCAAAGGAAAAUAAAACAAAAUUACUUUCCCUUGAAAGUGAAAAUAUAAGCACAUUCUCUACAGCUCCAGUUUAUGUAGAAGAUGGUGAUGAUAUAAAAAAUGUUAAUACAAAUAAGGUACAUUUAGGAGCAUCUAAUCACAAAUACUCAAACUUGAAGAAUAUAAAUAAAAAUAAAUAUAUGGUGGCGCGGAUUAAUGAGGACUACAGACCAAAUAAGAAUACUGUUAUUAGGUAUAAGAAAUUGGAUGACAGGAAGAAAUACGAAGUGAUACCUUUGCCUAAUAAGUUAGCUAUUGAAGUACUAAAGGGGCUGCAAAAAUAUGACGACCUUAAACUGAAAUAAUAAGGUGUAUUUCGCAUUUUUCAUAAAAUCUGUCGCAAGCCGGUGAAUUUUUUUUCGCAUAGUUUUCUCAGCCAUUUAAAGCAAUGUUGGUAAAUGUAUAGGAAAUAAUUUGUAAAAUAUAUUAUUAAUUUUA